AUGGUGGGCUCGAGCAAAAUCGCCCGGCGCAGAACUCCUGCCUCAGCUCCAUGUCCCGAGUGCGGUCGCGCCUUCUCCCGCAACGACAGCCUGAGUCGCCAUCUUAAAACACACAUCAACCACGCUGAGGAGCGUCCAUUCCAUCGCAUCAUCAGCGAGAAGUUCCGUGCCUGCAACCAAUGUCGCAAGUCCAAGAUCCGCUGCACGGGGACCAUGCCCUGCACCCGGUGUGAACAGCUCCAGGAACAGUGCUCCUACGACCAGAGGCGUCGAGAUAACAGCAUCUCGUGGGCCAACACUACGACCACCGCGUCGGCCCCGGAAGAGCCGCGAGAGAAUGCCUCAGCGCCCUCGCCAUCUCCCCAGCCGUCCACCGGCGAACAACAGCCACGGCGCCGGGUCGCCGUCCAGGAAUCCGACGGUAUCUCCCUGGAUGCUGCUAAGACUCCAAGUGAUCAGUUAAGACUGUCUAUUUCCUCGCCAGAGAAUCCGGCAGCAGUACUUCGUCUUGCUCUGGCUUCGAAUUCCGAGACUCGCACGAUAGACUUCGACGAUGGGAAGGACUUUGCCGUCAUCCCGUCAACAUAUGUUUCUCCGACCUUCCACAUAUUGGAUCCGUAUAGCUAUAGAUUGCCCUCGAUAGCUGAUUCCCGUGAGGCACCCACACCCAAUAGCCAGGCUUUUGCUCAAUGCAAGUACCCUGUGUUGCAUUACCUGUCGCCAUUCCUGGAUCGGGAAUUUGGAUCUGGCCUGGCUUGCGACCUUCUGGACACCUAUUUCUCGAGCGCAUUCCUCAGUCGCAUGCAUCCCACCUGCCACCACAUCCACAACUUCAUCUUGCGCAAAAUCGACGUCCUGGACCCCUCCCAGCCCCGUCAGACCCAUCCGGCGCUUCUGGGCAGCAUGCUGUUCGUGGCCGCCUUCAGCGACAAAGCGUUGGGGUUGUUUAGUGGGCCUGAGGAAAAGGAUCGCGUCUGCAAGUAUCUGAGCUUGCUCACAUAUCGACUGCUCAAUCCCGCUAGGUAUGAACCAUUGCUGAGGCCGGAAGACCUGGGGUUGCCUCCUAACUGUGGCUCGGACUCGGGAUGGAGCAACGAUGACCUCCUCCGAGCGGUGGACAUUCGGAACGACACUUUCCCCGAGUCUUGGGGCAUGGACUACAUCAUCGCUUUUAUUCAUGUGUCCUCGGUGAUUUCGGGAAGUGAAAAGAAGGCGGCAAGCAUCCGAUGGUGGAGUGUGGCCUUCAACCUCGCGAGGGAUCUGAAGUUGAACGAGGAGGUACAGUCUGCCAUAAUGCCACACGACGCAGAGAAUGGGUCGAUCAGCCUGAAUUGCAAAUGUUCUCUGGGUGAGCACGAUGAAGGAGACUUUAUCAACGAAGUCCAGCGCGAAGAGCGUCGCCGGACGUGGUGGCUCUUGUUUCUGAUGGACCGACAUCUAGCAUUGUGUUACAAUCGGCCCCUCGCACUGCUGGAAGCCGAGUGUAGAGAUUUGCUGCUGCCGCUCGACGAUGUCACCUGGCAAUCUGGUGCGCAGCCACACAGCCACGGAACUCGUGCCGAAGGACCUCGAUGCAUGUUGUUGCCUCCUGGGACUGGACGCGCACACGGGCCGCCAAAGACUUGUUCGGGCGUGGGCCUGUUCGAAUUCUUUUUGCCAUUGAUGGUCCACUGUGGCACGCUUCUGGAUUGGAAUCGAUCGCGCCUACAUCCCGUUUUGUCAGGGGCCUCGAUAUGGAGUUCACAAGAACGUCAGAUAUUACGUGAGCUUGAUCACUACCAGGCGACUUUGGAUCAAGUCACAGCGAGCAUAUACGCCGAGAGCGGCACCGAGAAAGAUUCCCCGUGGAAGCCGUCUUCUAGUGCAGGAGCAGAGGAAUCUGAAGCACCGCACAUCGCCAAGACCGUGGCUGGUUAUGCGAGCCAUAUUGUCAGCGUUCUGAGGAUCCUGGUGGGUUCGAAAUGGGAUCCAGUUUGUCUCUUUGAGGACGCGGAUUUCUGGACAUCUUCCCCGGGCUUCAAAGACUCCAUGUCCCACACCAUGGCCGCUUCUGAAUGCGUUACCCAGAUAUUGGAAUGUGACCCCGACACCAGUUUCAUGCCGUACUUCUUUGGAAUCCAAUUGCUCCACGGUAGCCUUCUGCUCCUGCUGGUUGCGUAUCGCUUACAGGUUGAUUCCGGAAAUGCGAUACUGGCUGCCUGCGAGGCUGUCAUCAGAGCAACCGAAGCAUGCUUUGUCACGCUUCCCACUGACUACCAGCGACAAUUCAGAAAUGUCAUGCGAUCGGCCAUAGCCCUUGCCAAAGGCAGGAGGAGUAAUCCUCGUGACACGGAGAAGCAACUAACCUUCGUGUUGGCCAGAUACAGGUGGUCCAGAAAUGGAGCAGGCCUCGCUCGUUGA